CUCAAAACAAGCAGAAGAGAAACUAUUUUAUCAGAGUACCAUAUGGAGAGAAGGGAAGAAGAGAAUGGCAGAGCUCUCUGGAGGCAAGUACCGUUUAUUUUACUUUUGUCAUUCUCCUGCUGGGCUGCCUCAGAGCAGAUUCGCUAUUCAAUCCCUGAGGAGAUGGCAAAGGGUUCCAUUGUGGGGAAUCUGGCCAAGGAUCUGGGGCUGAAUGCCAGGGAACUACCAAGGCACAAUCUGCAUGCUGUCUCUGUGAAUAAAAUUCAAUAUUUCAGUAUCAAUGCAGAGAAUGGAAACCUCUACAUAAAUGAUAGAAUAGAUAGGGAGGUAAUAUGUGAUACAACUCCACUCUGCCUUCUUAAUUUUGAGAUUGUGAUUGAAAAUCCUUUAAAUAUUUUCCAUAUAGUUGUCACAAUUCAGGAUAUUAAUGAUAAUAUCCCACAUUUUUUGAAAAGCAAUAUCAAGUUGGAGAUAAUUGAAUCCACUUUAACAGGCACCCGAUUUCCCCUCGGGAAGGCCGAAGAUCCUGAUAUUGGGAUGAAUUCUCUCCAGAAUUACCAGCUCAGCCCCAAUCCAUUUUUUGCCUUGGAUAUUAAAGAGAGUCAAGAUGGAAAUAAAUUAGCAGAUUUAGUGUUGCAGAAAACACUGGAUCGAGAAAGUGAACAGAAACUUCACUUAACUCUUACAGCCAUAGAUGGAGGUGAACCAAGAAAAACUGGUACUGUUCAGAUAUGGAUUAAUAUCACUGAUGCCAAUGACAAUCCACCCAUUUUCACUCAAGAGAUAUAUAAGGCUAGUCUAAAGGAAAAUGUUAUAGUUGGAUCCUUUAUAGUUCAGGUUGUAGCUUCUGACAAUGAUGAGGGUUCAAAUGCUGAGAUAACGUACUAUUUCAACAACAUCCCAGUGAAUGCCUACAAGAGAUUCAGACUGCAUCCAAACACAGGCACAAUCACUCUUAUGGAGCCAUUGGACUUUGAGGAAACUAAGGAAUAUACUAUGACAGUUGCAGCAAAAGAUGGUGGUGGAUUAGAGACACAUUGCAAAGUUGAAAUAAGGGUCCUUGAUGAGAAUGACAAUUGUCCUGAUAUAAGCUUGGUUUCCUUGUUUAGUCUAGUCUCUGAAGAUUCUCCACCUAAAACCUUAAUUGCUCUGAUCAAUGUAAAUGACAAAGAUACUGGUGACAAUGGAAAGGUUACUUGCUAUUUACAAGAUGACUUGCCCUUCAAGAUUCUACCCUCAUCAAACAAUUACUACAAGCUCCUGACAGACAGUGCCCUGGACAGAGAAAGAAACCCUGAGUAUAAUAUUACCAUCACAGCCAGUGACAGAGGAACCCCACCUCUUUCCUCACACAAAACCAUCUUCCUUCAGAUCUCUGAUAUCAAUGACAAUGCCCCAGCCUUUGAGAGAUCCUCCUACAGCAUCUAUGUGCCAGAAAACAAUCCUUCUGGAGCCUCCAUUUUCAGUAUGAAAGCCUCUGAUCCAGAUGUGGACCAAAACGCACGGAUCACCUACUCCAUCCUCAACAGCAACAUUGAGGAGCUCCCCAUCUCCUCCUAUAUCUCCAUUAAUUCCGAGACGGGCACACUCUACGCCCAGCGGUCCUUCGACUAUGAACAAUUCAGGGAGUUCCAGCUGCAAGUGAAGGCCCAAGACGCUGGCUCUCCCCCUCUCAGCAGCAAUGUCACAGUGAGGGUGUUCAUUCUGGAUCGGAAUGAUAACAGCCCUCGUAUCCUGUCCCCUUCACAAGAAGCCAAAGGCUCAGCCUUGUUUGAGAUGGUGCCUCGUUCGGCCGAGGCGGAUUAUCUUGUGACAAAGGUGGUGGCCGUGGAUGCUGAUUCUGGACACAACGCCUGGCUCUCCUACCACCUGAUCCAAGCCACGGAGCCAGCGCUCUUCACUGUCGGUUCUCACACUGGUGAGAUCAGGACAGCAAGGGCCUUUGUGGAGAGAGAUGCUGUGAAGCAGAGACUAGUGGUUGUGGUGAAGGAUAAUGGGCAGCCACCUCUCUCGGCCACCACUACUCUGAACCUGGUGUUUGCUGAGAACUUCCAGGAGGCCCUUCCCGAGAUGAAAAACCAGCCGAGCAGCUCCGACUAUCAGUCUGAUCUCCAGUUCUAUUUGGUGCUGGCCUUAGCUGUGAUGUCAUUCCUCUUCCUCUUGACAGUGAUUCUGGCCAUUAUGACGAAGCUGCGACACUCAGGGAAUCCCCAGUUCCUGCAGUGCUUUGGUCCCGUUCCCCAUUCCAAGGCCGGUGCCGUGUUUCCACCUAAUUUUGAAGAUGGGACUUUGCCUUAUUCCUACCAGCUUUGUCUCUCGUCAGAAUCCAGGAAAAAUGAGUUUUCCUUCCUGACUCCCAACGCUCAGAUUUCAGACAAUAUUCUUAGCGGAGAGAAAUGUUCUGUGCCUUUUACAGGCAACAGUGGAAACCCAUUAAAUUCAGAAAUUGUUAAUGGUGUCAAGAUCCAUUACUCAAUUCCUGAGGAAAUGGAAAUAGGUUCUGUUGUAGGGAAUCUUGCCAAAGAUUUGGGACUGACUACUGGAAAAAUAACAAACUACCAUCUGCAUUUCCUAUCUUCAGAUAAAAAUCAGUAUUUCAUUAUCAACACAGAAAAUGGAAAACUUUAUGUAAAUAGCAGGAUAGAUAGAGAAGGAAUAUGUGGGAGAAAUGCAGUUUGCCAUAUUAAUUUUGAAGUGAUGGUUGAAAGCCUCAUUAAUAUGUUCCAUAUAACUGUAGAGAUCCAAGACAUCAAUGAUAACACACCACAUUUCUUAAACGGGGAUAUCAAACUAGAGACAAGUGAAUUAACUUUGCCGGGAGCCCGAUUUGUGCUUGGAUGUGCCAAAGAUCCAGAUAUUGGAAUGAAUUCUCUCCAGAAUUACCAUCUCAUGCCUAAUCAGUAUUUCACACUGGAAGCUAGAGAGAGAGAAGAUGGAAAUAAAUACGCUGAAAUAGUACUGAAUAAACAGUUGGAUCGAGAAAGAGAAAGCAGUUUCCAUUUAAUCCUUAUGGCAUUGGAUGGAGGGAAGCCUGCCAAAACAGGGACUACCAAAAUAUGGAUUAAUGUCAUUGAUGCCAAUGAUAACUUACCUAUCUUUACUCAAGAAGUCUACAAAGUCACCUUGAAAGAGAAUGCUCCCAAAGGAUCUUUAUUAGUACAGGUAAAAGCCACAGAUAAAGAUGAAGGUUCAAAUGGCCAGAUUAGCUGUAAAUUUACCAACAUCCUUGAAAGCGCUUGGCAGAAGUUCAGUGUUAGUCCAAUGAAUGGAACAAUUACAAUUAUGGAAACCUUGGAUUUUGAGGAAACCGAGAAAUACACUAUAACAGUAGAAGCAAGAGAUGGAGGUGGAUUAGUGGCUCACUGUAACAUUGAAAUAAAGAUAUUGGAUGAGAAUGACAAUGCCCCAGAAGUUCUUCUUGCCUCUUUAUCCAGCCCAAUACCUGAAGAUUCUGCAACAGGAACUCUGGUAGCCCUUUUCAAUGUAAACGAUAGAGAUUCUGGGGAUCAUGGGAAAGUUACUUGCCAUUUAAAAGAUGCUUUGCCAUUCAAAAUAGUAUCGACCUCCAAUAACUUCUAUAAGCUUCUUACAGAAGGUUCCUUAGACAGAGAACACACUGCAGAAUACAAUAUCACUAUCACAGCCACUGACAACGGGGCACCGCCUCUUUCCACAGACAAAACCAUCUCAGUUCAGAUUUCCGAUAUUAAUGAUAACUCCCCUGCCUUUGAGAAAUCCUCUUACACCGCCUACGUGCCAGAGAACAAUCCUUCAGGUUCCUCCAUUUUCAGGGUCAAAGCCUCAGACACAGAUUUGGGCACGAUCUAUGCUCAGCGCUCCUUUGACUAUGAACAAUGCAGGGAGUUUCGACUGGUAGUGAGGGCACAAGAUGGCGGCUCCCCGCCCCUCAGCAGUGACGCCUCAGUGGCAGUGUUUAUCCUGGACCAGAAUGGCAAAAGCCCUCAAAUCCUUUAUCCAUCUCAAGGGGUACAGGGAUCAGCCAUGUUUGAGAUGAUGCCACGCUCAGCAGAGGAGAGUUAUCUGGUGACGAAGGUGGUGGCCGUGGAUGCUGACUCCGGACACAACGCUUGGCUCUCGUACUAUCUGCUGCAAGCCACUGAGCCAGGGCUCUUCUCAAUCGGGUCCCAUAACGGUGAGAUCAGGACAUCACGGAUGUUUUCGGAAAGAGAUGCCGUGAAGCAGAAGCUAGUAAUCUUAGUAAAGGAUAAUGGGCAGCCACCACUCUCUGCUACCGUUAGUCUCAACCUGGUCUUUGCCGAAAACUUCCAAGAGGCCCUUCCGGAAAUGAACAACCAAUUCAGUGGCUCAGAGAAUCAGUCUGAUCUCCAGUUCUACUUGGUACUUGCCUUGGCUUUGAUUUCAUUCUUAUUCCUCUUGACGGUGACUCUUGUGAUUAUGAUGAAGCUUCGACAGUCGGGGAAUCCCAAAUUCCUACAGUGUUUUGGUCCUGUCCCCCAUUCAAACAAUGCUGUGAUAUUCCCACCAAAUAAUGAGGAAGGGACAUUGCCAUAUUCCUAUCAGCUUUGUCUCUCUUCAGAGUUUAGGAAAAAUGAGUUCACCUGCCUGACACCCAAUAGUCAGGGUACAGAUAAUAGGUUUGUGCAUUUCACAGGCAAUGGAGAAAAUAAUUUAAAUUCAGAGAUGGAGGAUCGUGAAAAAUGUGGAAGCCGGAGACAGGCCGAAGGAGAUCCACUGGUGAUGCUUCCUACAGAGUCGUUGCUUCAUCGCUGCUGA